CAAAAUAUGACACUGCAUUUCAUUGGCUGAAGCGGGAAGUUCAAACUUGUAUACGGACCCUUGUCUGCAUGGAAAGGAGUUAACAUCUCAUCAUGGGAGCAAUUGGCAGCAAGAUAGAAAUGUUGGAUGACGGAACUGGUACCCCAGUCAAGUGUCACAUCGCCAGUCGCCAACUCGAUGACGAUCCCCGCUCACCAACCAACAACAUUCCACGUACGCCUAUCAUGGUGGACAAAACACCUGAUGGACUUCUUGACCCACGGUCACCUACACCUGGAAUUUGGAGGACACCCAUUAACAAUUUCAUGAAAAAAGAUGAAGCCAAGUCUGUCCAAGAGGAUGUCAAGCCCCUUCUGGAGGCCAACACGAGUCCCGACAUGCCCUGCAAGCAGGAUAUUGGGGAGCCAGACAAACUGGACAGGAAGGAUGACCUGGGGGCGGCCGCCGAGCUCCAGCACAUGUCACUGUCCGACGUGGACGAGUCUUCAAGUCUACUUGUCACGAACCCUAAGCCAGUUGUCACAAAGAAACCCAAAGGGCAGAAGACACAACCCAAGAAGCUGUUCUAUGACAAGAAGAGACCCAGCAAGGCGUUCAGCUCCACCCCCAAGUCUGUGCUCACCUCCACCCCGCCCCGCUCCCCCCUCUCUACCGUUGUCAUAGAUACCAACUCUCCACGGGUCAUCAUGCACAGGAAACAGACAAAGAAGAUCGACGCAGCUCGUCAGUGUCGGCUCGGGGCUCUACGGUCCUCGCAGGAUAAGGAAAAUGUUGACAUGUGAAAUCUGCUCAAAAUAUAUUUCAUCUUUGACAAAUGACUGCAGUCUCAAUCAACUACUUUUACUGGAUGCUACUGUUGUGAUACCCACGACACAUGACUGGACUAGGGUGCUGAAAGGUCACACUGUCUUGAUGUCAGGGGUUGUUAAGUACAUCUUGCAGGUGACCCUGGUCGUGAUAAGAGUAGACCUUGGUCCACUUAAUCAGUGUCACGUGAGUCAGAAAAUAAGAACACAUUCCUUUUAGUGCAUAUUUUAUGAAAUCAUUCUUGAGAAUUACUAGACUGGAAUUUUUAGCAUUUUAAACACUGAACAUGUUGAACACAAAAUAUAUAAAAAGUAAAUGACAUGAGAAGUAAACCACCAGUAUUAUGACCUGUUCCUUGAUAACAUUUGCAUACAUCUACCUCUAAAUAAACUGACAAACCAACAUGCUUCAUCUUUCACAGGUGCUUAUAUAUGUCUUCUAAUCUGUUUCAAUUGCUGUCAACUAGACAAGAUCUGACGUGAAAGCUUUGUCUUGUCGUGUUUCAAUUGCUGUCGACAAGAUCUUAUGUGAAAGCUUUGUCUUGUCAUGUUUCAAUUGCUGUCGACAAGAUCUUAUGUGAAAGCUUUGUCUUGUCAUGUUUCAAUUGCUGUCUACAAGAUCUUAUGUGAAAGCUUUGUCUUGUCGUGUUUCAAUUGCUGUCUACAAGAUCUUAAGUGAAAGCUUUGUCUUGUUGUGUUUCAAUUGCUGUCGACAUGAUCUUAUGUGAAAGCUUUGUCUUGUCAUGUUUCAAUUGCUGUCUACAAGAUCUUAAGUGAAAGCUUUGUCUUGUCAUGUUUCAAUUGCUGUCGACAAGAUCUUAUGUGAAAGCUUUGUCUUGUCGUGUUCAAUUGCUGUCUACAAGAUCUUAAGUGAAAGCUUUGCCUUGUCGUGUUUCAAUUGCUGUCUACAAGAUCUUAAGUGAAAGCUUUGUCUUGUCAUGUUUCAAUUGUUGUCGACAAGACAUGAUCUUUUGUGCUAAAACUAAUUAAUUGUUAUAAACAUGAUAAGUAGAUUUACUAAGUAAAUAUGAAAUCUCACAUUUGGGUGAUGCAUUGUAUGUCAUUUGGAUGUGUUUGGUUGGCAGUGUUCUUAUAAAGUGAAUAAAGCAUCAUGUUCAAGAAGGGGGCACGGGUGGUCCAGUCGUCUAAGGCGCCGCGAUUCGCUGUGCACAGUUGCAUCCCUUGGGCACGCCAGAAACCUAUGAUUGUGGGUUCGAAUCCCGGUUCGC